UCUGUUGCAAACACAUCAACAGCAACACAGGCAAAUCCCCAAAACGGACUUCCGAAACUGAAUCCGGCAAAAAGCACGUUAGGUUGGCUUCCAACGAACGGUAACAAUGGCCCCCAACGAUCCAUCGCAUCCUGGUGGCAAGGCCUCCGCCGUGGCCCUGGCCGCCAGCCACACCAUCUCGUAUGUGCAGUGCCAGAACCUCAAGUACAAUGUCAUCAUCGUCGGCUGGCUGGGCGUGAUCAUCUCCAGCGUCAUCCUGGGCAGCUCCGUCCUGACCAUCCACUUGCGGACGGACAUCGAGCUGCUGCUCAACCAGUGGCCCUUGAACUUGAUCCCGGUUACAGAUCAGCAGCUACUGAUCAAUUUGUUGACCAUCUUUAGCUCCAUUGCAUACGGAAUGUCGUUGAUCAACAUGGGAGUCAGUCUGCUGCUGCUAAUAGGUAUCGCCCGGGACUCAAGUUGCUUGAUGUACCCCUGGUUGAUCUAUCAUGGCGUUAUUUUUGGCUUUGGUCUUUAUUUGGGGGUUUUCUAUGCGACCGCAGGCCUGUUUAUUGACCUGUCGAGCUUUCUAAUGUGUCUUCUGGUGUUCACCCUUGUGCUGGUUAUUUUUUACAAGAUCUACCACGAGGUCUUCACCCUAUUCCGCGUGAUGGAGCAGCAGUCGAAGGAGGGGGCCUUGGGCGGGCUUUACUACCAGGAUGCCGAGCACGCAUGGACCGCGGCUGGGCUUCCCUAUCAGCAGGUCUAUCUGCCGCGUCUGCCAAUCCAAAAGUAAUCUCCAGAAUACCCACAUCCAGACAGCAACUACAACAGCAACGAAUAUCAAAAACAAAAAAAAAA